UCUGGGGAGCGCAUUUGCUGCCGGGCUGGGGAGGAGGGAGGAGGAAGAAGGAGGGAGGAGGAGGAGAAGAAGGAGGGGCCGGAGCCUAUGACUUCACAACCAGGCAGCCUAGAGCAGGCGGCGCCGAGGCUGCAGGUUCUUCAGUCUGCAAGGAGCUGCAACAGCGACAGAGGCGGCGGAGCUUCAUUCCCGAAGCCUGUCACACGGGGAGCUCUCUGGAGAGCCCAGCGGCUCUGGCUGCUGGAGCCCGGGAUCCCAGGACCCCGCGGCGCGGUUCAGGAAACAGCAAUACUCCCUGAGGGCUGUUGUCAUUCAACCCUGGUGAUGCCUCCAGUGUGACCUGAAGGAUUGAGGCUAUGUGAUGAAAUCGAAUCAGCUUCUAUAAAAAUGCAGCCUGUCUCUCCUCUCCUGAAGAAAAACAACUUUCUAGCUGCUGCCAUGCCCGGUGAAUAGGGCUCAGUGACAGGACAUUCCUGGAAAUAGUCGUGGUCAGAUCUAGCAGGGAGAAGCACACCAUUGCCCAUGACACCAUGACAGCAAGAGAACACAGCCCACGUCAUGGCUCCAAGUCCCGUUCAGUGCAGCGGGCCUCAACUAUUGAUGUUACCUCGGACAUGCUGGGACUGUCUCUGGCAGGAAACAUCCAGGAUCCAGACGAACCCAUAUUAGAAUUCAGCCUGGCUUGCAGUGAGCUGCAUACUCCAUCGCUAGAUCGAAAACCAAAUAGUUUUGUAGCAGUGAGCGUAACAACACCUCCUCAGGCAUUCUGGACAAAGCAUGCACAGACAGAGAUUAUAGAGGGAACUAACAAUCCUAUAUUUCUAAGCAGUAUCGCCUUCUUUCAAGACUCCCUUAUCAAUCAGAUGACGCAAAUCAAACUAUCUGUUUAUGAUGUCAAAGAUAGAUCUCAGGGAACAAUGUAUUUACUCGGUUCUGGGACAUUCAUAGUCAAAGAUCUGCUCCAGGAGAAAUACCAUAGGUUGCAUUUAACACUAAGGUCUGCUGAAAAUGAUCGCGUAGGUAACAUUACUGUAAUAGGAUGGCAAAUGGAAGAGAAAUCAGACCAGCGGCCCCCUGUAACGAGGUCACCUGAUACUGUUAAUGGGAGGACUGUUCUGCCAGUGGAUGAAAGCUUGACAGAGUCAUUAGGAAUCCGAUCCAAAUAUGCUUCCUUACGGAAAGAUUCAUUACUGAAAUCAGUGUUUGGUGGCGCCAUCUGUAGAAUGUACCGUUUCCCUAAAACGGAGGGAAUCAUCCUAAGGAUCUUAGAACAGAUGGCUGAAAGUGUCCUCUCCUUACAUGUUCCUAGACAGUUUGUAAAACUCCUUCUAGAAGAAGAUGCCAGCAGGGUUUGUGAAUUGGAAGAAUUGGGAGAACUAUCUCCUUGCUGGGAAAGUCUCCGUCGACAAAUAGCUACUCAGUACCAAACCAUAAUACUAACUUACCAGGAAAACUUAACUAACUUACAUCAGUACAAAGGCCCUUCAUUUAAGGCAAGCAGUUUGAAAGCUGAUAAAAAGUUGGAAUUUGUACCCACAAAUUUGCACAUACAGAGAAUGCGAGUCCAAGAUGAUGGAGCAUCAGAUCAGAACUAUGACAUCAUAACCAUAGGAGCAGCCGCGGCACAUUGCCAAGGCUUUAAGUCAGGGGGUCUUCGAAAACGACUGCACAAAUUUGAAGAGACCAAGAAACAUUAUGAGGAAUGUUGUACCUCACCCAGCUGCCAGUCAAUAAUAUAUGCACCACAGGAUAUCAUCAGAGCCAAGGAGAUUAUUGCCCAGAUCAACACCUUAAAAACCCAAGUCAGUUACUAUGCUGAGAGGCUGUCAAGGGCAGCCAAGGACAGAUCGGCUAAUGGCCUUGAAAGGACACUCGCCAUCUUAGCAGAUAAGACAAGACAACUGAUUACUGUCUGUGACUGUAAAUUGUUGGCUAAUUCCAUACAUGGACUAAAUGCUGCUAGACCUGAUUACAUUGCCUCUAAAGCAUCUCCCACCUCAACUGAGGAGGAGCAGGUAAUGCUAAGGAAUGAUCAAGAUACUCUUGUGGCAAAGUACACGGGAAGAAAUAGCCGCUCUCUCCAUGCAGAUUGGCAUGAGGCAGAAUGGGAAAAAGUGUGGCUUAAUGUCGACAAAAGCCUGGAGUGCAUCAUCCAGAGAGUCGACAAACUUCUCCAGAAAGAGCGAUUACACAGUGAGAGUUGUGAAGAUGUUUUCCAGUGUGAUGUCAGUGGGCCAAGUAAGAAAGGUAAUCGGGAUAAUCGAGCCUAUUGGAUCAUACCGGAACCCUCACACGCAUCCUCAUCAUGCUGCCACUCCAUGCCAUCUGCUUUAUUCCAUUCUCAUUGGAACACAAAUAGCAGCCCCCCUCCUGAAGAGUCCAGCCCAGGUGAAUGGAGUGAGGCCCUUUACCCCUUGCUGACGACCCUCACAGAUUGCGUAGCCAUGAUGAGUGACAAGGCCAAGAAAGCCAUGGUCUUCCUGUUAAUGCAGGACAGCGCUCCAACAAUAGCUAUGUACCUGAAGCUCCAGUAUCGCAGGGAUGUUGUCUUCUGCCAAACUCUAACCGCACUUAUUUGUGGGUUCAUCCUGAAGCUACGGAACUGCCUGCAUGAUGAUGGUUUUCUGCGACAACUCUACACCAUUGGUUUACUAGCCCAGUUUGAAAGCCUCCUCAGCACCUAUGGUGAGGAGUUGGCCAUGUUGGAAGACAUGAGUCUGGGAAUUAUGGACUUGAGGAAUGUAACCUUUAAAGUAACGCAGGCCACGUCAAAUUCAUCAACAGACAUGCUCCCUGUAAUUACAGGAAAUCGUGAUGGAUUUAAUGUGAGGAUUCCAUUGCCAGGCACUCUCUUUGAUGUGCUCCCCCGGGAGAUUCAGAGUGGCAUGCUUCUGAGAGUUCAACCUGUCCUUUUCAACGUGGGGAUUAAUGAACAACAAACCUUGGCAGAGAGGUUUGGAGAUACAUCUUUGCAAGAGAUUAUUAAUGUGGAGAGUUUGGUGAGAUUAAAUUCUUACUUUGAGCAGUUCAAGGAAGUUUUACCUGAUGAUUGUCUACCUCGAUCUCGUAGUCAAACGUGCCUGCCAGAGCUAUUGCGGUUUCUGGGACAAAAUGUACAUGCCAGGAAGAAUAAGAAUGUUGACAUUCUCUGGCAAGCUGCCGAGGUGUGUCGACGACUCAAUGGAGUCCGGUUUACCAGCUGCAAGAGUGCCAAGGACAGAACAGCUAUGUCAGUGACCCUGGAGCAGUGUCUGAUCCUGCAGCAUGAACAUGGAAUGGCUCCUCAGGUCUUCACCCAGGCUCUGGAUUGCAUGAGGAGUGAGGGUUGUCGGCGAGAAAAUACAAUGAAGAAUGUUGGAUGUCGCAAGUAUGCAUUUAAUUCCCUGCAACUGAAGGCUUUCCCAAGGCAUUACAGGCCUCCAGAAGGAACUUAUGGAAAAGUUGAAACAUAAACAUAAUGUGUCCUCUAAUUAGCUGUUACACAAUACAUGUGGGUACACUCUAGUUGAAUUCUUUAUGAAGACCAGAAUUUUUUUUUUAACAUUUCACCCUAGAUUCUAUUGAGCAUGUUAUCUUAUUGCAUUGGAAUCAGUAGGAAAGAAUGUUUUGGCACAGUAGUUUAUGUACUUAUGACUGCCCCUUUAAAUAGCCUUCAGUCCUGUGUGAACUACACAAAAACCAUGAAAUCGUUCCCUGUAUUCAACGACUAGGUAUAUCCAGGAUGCUAAAGGAAUUUUUUAUAAAUGGCCACUUAGGUAGCUGUUUCACAUAGCAACCUUUUCUAUCACAUUGAUUUAAGGUUGAGUUUUUCAUAAUACUAUACUAUUAAAAAUUAGAAACUCAUAUAAUAAAGUCAUCUGAACUGAGGCAAUCCAAUACACAUUGGCGGAAUCAGACAAAAUCAACUUGUAACUUCAGGAAAAUAAAUUAGCCUAAUACCAACCCAUGAAGCAAAAAGAAGUGGCCAGGAUGACUUGGCCUUUGUGUGAUACUGCCUUGUAAAACAUGAAGUCAGUAUGUCAUUAGGAGAGUUUUGCUAGGUUUCAAAAACACUGAAGAUUUUUCCAGGUAUUUCUUAUGUGAUUGCACUUUAUUAGAAGAUAACAACUGCAGACCAUACCACAGUAACUGACAUUCCAUAGUCUAUGUCUUGGCGAUUCAUUUUUGUAAUUAGACUUCCAGGUUCAAGACCAAUAACAACAACAGCAAAAUAUAUUAAAUAGUUCUCUUUUCCUCACAUCCUUGUACUCAUUGAUUUUUAAGCAGGUUAGGAUUACAUCUUUCAAAGCAUACAUGAAACUCCCCUUGGACUCAAUUGAAAUUCUGUGCAUCCACAGCCCAAAAGAGGCAUUUUUAUUAUGACCACCAGAUCAACAUUCUGAAGUGCAUACUUACAGUUUAAUGAAGCAAAUGCUAUCAAUAUAUGAAUGAAGGAAAUAUAAAUAAUCUUAGAGCAAACCUUCAGGGGUUUGCUGGUUUGCUUAUUUUUUUACUUCUCUACUUAAUUUAUUGGCUUUUUUUUUUUUGAGGCAUAAACUAUGACCAUAUUUCAGUGUCUGUGAAAUGCCUUGUUAUCCAAUUCACAGGAAAUCCUAAUUUAUUUUCCCCUUCUGCCUGUUCUGCUAUGUGAGGUAACCAGCAACUGUUGAACCAAUUGGAUCUAUCACCUUCUGAUCUUCAAACUGAAUUUUUUCCCUCAAAGACUUGGAAAUUGCCAUAUUUUAUCCUCCAACCGUAGUAAAACAUUUCAGGACUUCUUAAAAGCAUAAGACUCUACCUUUCCUCCUCCAUAUUUCAAAGCAGGUUGAAAAUUGGAAGCUAAAGACCUAAUAAUUUUAUUUUCUGUAAGGAAAUAAUGAACAUGACAUGCAUUUCAUAGAGUUUUGUUUUUGUUUUUUGGGAAUGCUUGUGUGCGUGUGUUUCAUCAAUUCUGUUAAUCAUGGUUGUCUUACAGAUGUCCUUUGGGUAAAUUGUUCUUAAAAUUUUAUUGAAACUUUUGGUUCAUUCUUACAUUACCUAAACUUUGUGUGUAUAAAUUAUUCCAUGUUGCUUAAAAGGAUAUUAAAAUGUACACGUACAUUUUAUUUGAGCCUUUUAAUAGAGCUAAAGAAGAAAAGCUAUGAAAAAGUCAUUGAUUUGAAAUUACCCAUGUCUGAAAUCUUAGGAAAUGUAUUUACUUCUGCCUUCCUUUUCUUUGGAAGUUUCUCUUUGAAAUAUGUGACUGUAUGCUAAUUUACAUGAAUAAGGCAGUCAAAUUAUUCAGAUAUAUGUAUAUAUACAUGAACAUACAUAUAUACAUAUACAGAAUUUAAAACUGGCAGAAUUGUUUGGCACCUGCCAACAAUGGGUUGACUACCAGUGUUGAAGAGGGAGGCCUUUUAGUCACAGCUGUACUUUCAAAAUACUUUUUUUGAAUUGUUGGUUUCAGUAGUGGUAAAGAGAAAGGAAGAGAACUGCUCUUAUGUAUGUGAUACCUUUGCCCACCACUAGGCAUACAGUUCCAGCUGCUCUCUUCCCAUUGAUGUGUUUGUCUACAUUCAAAUGCAAAUGAGAUUUCAGGAAGGCUAAUUUACUUUUUGACCCUUUAAUCACGCCAGGACUUUUUUUUUUUUUAAAGUAUAUCAUCCAUAUUAUGUAGUUUCAGCCUUUUCUCUCCUUGUAUUCUUAUAUUUUCUUGCCAGGUUUUUGUUAUAUAAUUCAAUCAUGUAUUUGCAAUUAAGAAAGCUUGUCUAUAUUAUUUCAGAACUUUUUUGUGUCUAAAGUUGUUUAACAUUUGAGUCUCUCGUAGUGCUUUUUCACACAAGUAAAUUACAACCCGUGACAGAUUUUGUACCUAGCUUCUUUUUUGGAAGAUUUUUCUUGAAUUCUUAAGGCAUGCCCAGAGUUCACCAGUUGAAACGGUGGGACCUCAGCCUCCAAAGCUUGGUCAUUGGAAGUAUUCAGGUUUCAUUGUUCUAUAUAAAGAACAUCCUUGCUCAGAUGUUGGUUUUUUUUUUUUUUUACACAUAUCACAGAAUCACGUGCACGUUUACAGGUUUGAUAGUGACCUUACUGAACAAUAACAAUCAAGAGUUUGUCAUUAAAAUUUAUUUUAAGUCUCUAGAAGGAACUUUCCAUGAAGUACCUACCUUUGAGUUGCACAAGGAAGACUGUUUUAUAGCGUCUUGGAAAAUGGGAGUCCUGUCUAAUGUUCUUUUCAAGUACACUUUUAAAAAAUUUUUCAUGAAACAUUCUGAGGGAUAAAAUUAUUGUCGGGUAUGUUAUGUGCGUGUUCUGUGAAAACACCCACAGCACAGUUGCCUUUUGUUUCAUUUAUAAAUGUAAAAAUCUUGUAUAAUAUAACAGUUUGUCCCUAAACAAUUGUAUUUGCCAAGCUUUGUGCAUUGAAAUAUUUUUAUUUAUUUCUUUUGGGCAGUAUUAAUAUAUUAUAAACCUAUGGUUACUGUUUUAUAUAUUCUUAGAUCAUUCAAGCCAUGUAUGCUGUAAAUGUGCUAGUCUUUAGAAUGAAAACUAUUAAUAAAGAACUGACAGUACUAAA